AUGCUCAUUAGUGCUUGGUAACCACCAUUGCAUUAGGCCUAGUUUCAUUGCCAACAUUUUGCGAUCUUCCGAAACGGUUUAGCAGAAAAAAACACAAAAUAACAAAAUGGCAGAAGUGGUCGAAGAAAAGAAGGAACCUGAUUCCAAACGUGUACAUACGUACCCGCUCAUAAGGCAUUCAGACAUGAAUGACGAGAUGAAGACAGAGGCUAUGGAAUUGUGUGUAACAGCUUGUGAAAAGUUUUCCAGUAAUAAUGAGACUGCUGCAAGGAUGAUCAAAGAGACAAUGGAUAAAAAAUUUGGAGCAUCAUGGCAUGCAAUAGUGGGAGAAGGUUAUGGAUUCGAAAUCACACACGAAGUAAAGAACUUAUUAUAUAUGUUCUUUGGAGGAAAUAUGGCAAUUAUGAUCUGGAAAUGUUCAUAAACAAUUGUUCAUUUGCUUCAUCAUAAAAACACAUCAUUGCCAUAAAGAUUCUUCUAGAUGUAACUAGAAACACUACAAACAACUUUGUGAACAUAAUUGUGUUGGAAUGUGACAAUUCAACGUCUGUAGAAUACUUUGUUGGACAUGAUAGCAUGUUAACGUGCACAAAAAUAACCCAAUACAAAUUUUGAUAGAAAAAUAUCUAUCAAAAUUAAAGAAUGAAAUUAAGAAGAAAAAUAAUGUUAAACUAUGGAUACAGAACUGUCAGAAAUAACAAUAGGUUACAAAAACACAAUCACAUAUUCUGUAGGAAUUUUUCUGUGAAAUGAAAACACAAUUGUAAGAAUCAAAUUAAGAAAGAAUACUCUUUAUGAACUAAUGUUUUGACUUAAACUACCGGUAUAAGUACUCCAAAUGAUUGUAUCGGGACAAUUGUUAAAUAAAUUGAUGACUUAACAAAGCACAGGAAACCAUUUUAAUAGAUUUUCUCAUUUUAAUGCUAUAUAUUACUUUGUAAUACAUUCCCAAAACGGCUAAAUCUCAGAUCCGAGUGCUAGUCAGUUGUCGAUGACUUAAUUAAUAGUUGUACUAAUGACAGCUUACAUUGGGCUGUGCAGUAGUCCUGAGCUACAGCAAAGUGUAAAUCCAAGACUUUGUUGGAAAUACAUGUUGUUUGUAGAAAUUGCAAUCAUUUGCUGAAAAAAUGUUUUAUUUAACUAUUAAAAGAAUAAUCUUAGCUACAAUUGUAAAUAUAAAUUAUGUAUAUUGAAUAAAUAUUCUACCCUAUGUAUA